GAGGAGCUCCGCGCUCGCGCCGCCACCCGCCGCCGCCCUCUGCUCCCGCGCCCGCCUUGCCGCUUCGGCUCCGGUCUCUGUGGGAACCCAUUGUAAGAGCCAGUAAAUCCUGUGGAAAAUGGCCUUCAGUGAUCUUACAUCGAGGACUGUGCGUCUUUAUGAUAAUUGGAUCAAAGAUGCUGAUCCAAGAGUUGAAGACUGGCUCCUCAUGUCCUCACCUCUGCCACAAACCAUCAUCCUGGGAUUCUAUGUCUAUUUUGUCACUUCUCUAGGACCAAAGCUCAUGGAGAAUCGAAAACCCUUUGAACUCAAGAAAGCGAUGAUAACGUACAAUUUUUCCAUAGUACUCUUUUCUGUGUAUAUGUGUUAUGAGUUUGUGAUGUCUGGCUGGGGUACAGGUUACUCAUUUCGAUGUGAAAUAGUUGACUACUCACGGUCACCUUUAGCCCUGAGGAUGGCAAGCACCUGCUGGCUUUAUUACUUCUCCAAAUUUAUUGAGCUAUUAGAUACUAUCUUUUUUGUUCUGCGUAAGAAAAAUAGCCAAGUGACUUUCCUGCAUGUCUUCCAUCAUACCAUCAUGCCAUGGACCUGGUGGUUUGGAGUCAAAUUUGCCGCAGGUGGUUUGGGAACAUUCCAUGCCUUUCUAAAUACAGCUGUACAUGUAGUCAUGUAUUCCUACUAUGGGCUAUCUGCCUUGGGACCAACCUUCCAGAAGUAUUUGUGGUGGAAAAAAUAUUUGACAUCAUUACAGCUUGUCCAGUUCAUUAUUGUCACCAUCCACAUAGGCCAGUUCUUUUUCAUGGAGGAUUGCAAGUACCAGUUUCCAAUCUUUCUGUACAUCAUUAUGAGUUAUGGGUGCAUCUUUCUGCUGCUCUUUCUCCAUUUUUGGUACCGUGCUUACACCAAAGGCCAGAGGCUGCCCAAAACUGUGAAAAAUGGAAUCUGCAAAAACAAAGAUCACUGAAAUGCAAGCACAACAUGAAUCUAUGAAUGAGACUGGUAUCUUACUUUCCUUGACAAUCAAGAGCUAUUUCCAUGUGAAGUGCAUUUUGUAUAUUUUUCAAAACCAAGAGCUUGUAUUUUUAUGAUAAGUUAUUGAGGUUUCUGAUAUUUGAGAGCCCAAAGCUCCCAGAAAACAGUCUUCUGAUAUUUAGAGCCUAAAGCAGGCGGUUUUUCAGCAGCUUUUAAACCUAAUCUAAAGGUUUUAUUUAAUACGUUUUGUUAUAGUGAAAGGAGGAUAUGAAACGAUACAGUACUUUUCAAAGAAGUCCGGUAUAGAUGAGAAAUAUCAUUAGAUAUUUUGAGCACGGACAGAGAUCUAUGCCGUACAAUAGAUUCCUUCUGCCAGGUCUGAAAACUAACUGUGGGCUUUUUGAUUAUAUUCAGAAGACUAUAUAUACUCUGGAAUUCAAUUCCCAUUAUAAAGAGCUAAAACUGGUGAACAUUAAGUGAAUUUUUGAUUAAAUUGUUAUUUAAUACCACUAACAAUAAUUUUUAAUGGAUCUCUUGUAGCCACCACCAGUUUUACUGAUUUAAAAGCAACAGUUCUUUUGGUUAGUACAUUGAUGCACUUGACACUAAGUUUACGUUAAUAUUUUGAAAACAAGGUGAUUUGUUCUGUGGUUUAAUGAACACUGUGCUAUUCCUGUUUUGUAGUUAACCUUGUAUAUUUCUGGAAAGAGGUGGAAUUUGUCAGUGGAAAAAGAACUCUGUGGUUCAAUGGGAAAAAUCUGUUUUCGGUUGUAUUGUAAUGUCAGUUUCGCGUACUGUCAUGGUUUAAAGGAUUAUCUUGGUUAAAUGUGUAUUGGUUAGAUGUGUGAAUGUUCACAUCAUUAGCACACUGCAGGUGCACUUAAACAUAAAUGAUUUCAGACCACCUGUUAUUCACAGGUUCCAGAGUUAGGUUAUGAUUAUGAGUGAAGAAGCUAGAGGCAAAUAGGGCAAUUCUCCUGGUAAUUUUUGGUCAUGUAAGGCUUUCUUCAUAAAGAGAGAAGGAGAACCAGUUUAAUAGUUGUUAUAGAUACACAGCAUGGAAUGAUAUUUCCCAGAAAUAUGAAUUAAUCAAUAGACUGGAUUUCUUUUUUUCAAACCUAUAAACUAUAACAAAGACCUGAAUUUCUUUUUGCCUACUUUUGUUUCUUUACAGUUGCUACUUCCUAAAAUUCUGUUGUUCUUAAUUUUUCUUGAUGGCAAACCCAAACUAUUGGUCAAUAGAGUUUUGUCCCAGAAACCAUGAUAUUUGGACAUUUCUGAAUUUCUUCCUGUUUUUCUUUUUGUUAUAUUUAUAGUUGAAUUUGAAGGACUGCCUAUGCCUAUAUGACUUUAAACAAUUAGUACUUAUGGGAUGGGCCUCAGUUAUGUAACACACAGUGCUAGAUUGUACAGCAAAGCCUGAGUUUUUCAUCACUGUUACUCCUGUGGUUCAAUUUGUCCCCCCAGGACAUUAAUCUAUACUAUGGUCUCUUCCACUUACCAGGUUUGCACUUGCCUUUAAAUGAGCUUUACUGAUUUCACUUGCUUAUAAUUUGAGAAGAUGAGAGUUGAUAAAUGGGGGAAAUAACUUAUUUUUCUUAAAGAACAGAAAGCAGAGCUAAAAGAGCAGCUAUAAUUUAUUUCUCUGAGGUCUCAGGAUUCCUUCAGUGUUUUUCUGUUUGGGCUCUUCAUAUUCAACCUGUGCUAAAAAGAGACUAUGUAGUAAGUAUUGUUGCACAUGCACAUAAUUCCCAAGAACCCAAAUAGGGUAAAGACCAAAAGGAGGCACAGAUACAAGACAAAACAGGGGAGUUUGGUUUUUGUACACUUUCCAUAUUCCUUUGUACCUUUCCUAGCCUCCCUGUAGUCUUUGAAAUGUUUGACUUGCCAGAAAAGUAACAGCAACAGGUGAUGGAACUGUGUUCUAAAUUACCAGAAUAGAAGUGGAGGGCUGGGGUGUUGCAUGAAGAGAAAUCACAGCUAGCAGAGGUAUUCUCUGUGUAAACAUCAGUAGGUCAAAAUGAGUAUCACUGGAUAUAGGAUUUGCAUGCACAGUGUUUUAUUAAAGGGCUCUGUGGGUCAUGUAGAUUCUAUUGGGGUUUCUUCCACUUUUCAAGACUUGAUUGCCUUUGGGUUUGCUUACUUAACAAAUAAAGAGGCAAGUUACAAAAUCUGACAUGAAGCUCUAUAAAUUCUUGAAAACCUAUGUCUGUAUUAUAAAUCAAUACAAAUACAAAAUUUUAAAUAUCUAUUUACAGUCUAAAUGGAAUUGAAUUCUUAAUGAAAUGGACUAUGUUGUUACCUAAAUUAUAAAAUUAUGAGUUAUCAUUUCCUCAGUUCUCUCUCAUUUCUUUAAAUUUGUAAAGGCAUUGGAAAACUCCAUGGAUAUUGUCAAAGUGUGUGUUUGUGUGUGUGUAUUAUAAUAAAUUUGUGGUAUUGUGUGUGCA